UCCAUUUGCUCCUUAGCCUCUUGCUCUUAUCUGAGGGGAAAAUGACCAGACUCCUAAUACUAAUCGCUACUCUAGGAGUCCUCUGGAGUCAAGCUUUUGCAACUUUCCAAGUCUUCAGAAUCCCCAGCAUCACCGGUGAAUAUACGCAGCAAACUGUGACCAUUGAUAAUGAGAAUCAAAUAGCCAACAUCCACGUAUAUGGUGGUGCAUGCUCUUCUGAUACAAUUUUUGACUACAAACAUGGAUACAUUGCAUCAAGACUGUUUUCUCGACGAGCCUGCUUCGUUUACAAGAUGGAAAAAGGCUACAUUCCAGAGCUGGAAGAAAUUGGACGGCUUGCUUAUGAGCAACAGAUGAUGAAGAAAAUGUUGUCCCCCAAAAAUAUAUGGGUGAAAUAUGAACCCAGCGAUUCUUUCUUUGGAGAUAUCAAGGAGUGGCUUCGCUUUGGCAGCUCUAUCGAGAAGCUCUGCAAGGGUGUCCCUGUUUACGAAGUUUCAAGAGUUGAGAAUGCACCAGGUGCUGGAGUAUGCGCCAAAGCAGGUAUCCUUGGCAUUUUGGGCAUUUCAAUCUGUGGAGGUAUCAGCCUGUAACAUGAGCUCAUCAGGAUAUCUUUUGCUGGGUUCCUUCCCAACCAAUAAACUUCCCACUUCAUUGUGAAUUUGGGGACAAUCUCAGUUUUCAAGCUUCUCAAGCUCUCUUGUAUUUCACUUUGAUGCUGAAAACUCACUAGCUACUA